ACCUCGUGUCUGCGCUUCGUUUCGCUUCGAUGCGCGAGCGACAAAAACGCACGGUCCUUCCGGCAAUGCCGUACGACGUUUCCGAGCGAGUGCUGUGAACACUGUCGUGUUCGUUCGUUUGCCCUCUCGCGCAUAUGUCUAGUCGUCGUACUUGCACGAUACGCUCCAAGCGACGAACACGUGCGUAUAGUGUGCGUCCGUGACGGUGACGACGACAACGACGACAACGGCAGCGGCAACGGGGGCGGUGGCGAUCUUAUACUCGGAAUUUUGGUGGUCCGUAUGUAAGGGUAAUCUGAGUGCGCAUUUGUGGUUCCCGUAUGAUUUGCGGAUCGUUGUUGCCGGUUGACAAUCCAGUGCGGAAAAGAUCUUGCGGGGAGCUGCGGCCUAACCGGAAAUAACGAGGGGAGAACGCACAUAUACCUCGGGCAUCUAGAGCAGCGUGUCGGUAGUUACGGAGGAGGAACAAAGUGUGCCGCCGAUUCGAGAGCGGGGAGUUAAAGUGUAGAGGGAUCACAGCGAUCGUCCACACACACGCACGCACGCACACGCACGCACGUACGCAUGCACGCAUGAAGGUCCCAUGGCUACCGGAUUGGUAAAGUGGUGGCGAGCAAGGUUCCUCGCUGGCUACAGACCCUUUUCUGUUGUAGGGACCAAUACGGAAGGUAGCGAUUCCGAGGAAUUGCUCACGGGCGUUCCGGCAACCUGCAAUGUUUCGUCACCACCGACGACGGAGUCGCAACCGAUUUUAGUUUCUCCCGUGGAAUCACCGCAAGUCGCGCCUGAUAGUUCUGGCAUACCUGCAGGACCUACCGGUAAUGAUGAACAGCCUACCUGCGGUACAACAAAACAGCUUAGUUUCGAGGAAUUCGAGUGUGAUGUGUCGGUUGCGGAAGGUGACAAGAGGCGGCAGGAGUUUUCCUUCACUCUGUACGACUUUGACGGGCAUGGAAAGAUCACCAAGGAUGACAUAGCCGGUCUGGUUACCACCAUUUACGAUACGCUAGGCGCUUCAAUACAAGUACCUCCAUGCGGUAGUAAAACGAUUAAAGUGAAACUGACGGUGUCACCGGAUCAGCGAGCUAGCAGUAGCAGCAGUCAGCAGCCGCCGCGCAAUGUCGCCAGUUCCUGCCCAAAUGCCACGCAAACGCCCCAGACCACAACAUCGCCCGGUCACCAGCCUAAUCCGUCGUCCUGUUGUCACUUGAAACAUGCCGCCUCAUGUAGCCACGCGGCCGCCGCCGUUACUGCUCGACAUGGCGCGAAUAGAAUUCCUAGAAGAAGAAAAGCAACGCGGUAUCGUUGUCAGACUGAGCGAAAAGAAGUAGAGACCCAUAGCGAAGAUGACGAUGAGAACGUUCGAACGAAUCGAAUGCAGCAGGAAGAACUACGUAGAAGAGUUGGUCCGGUGCCCCAUUUACCAUCUCCCUAUUCAAACAGCUCAGAGGGUGAUGUGAGUGAUGAUAGUGACACUUCCCCUGCAUUCUCACCAUUAACGCCGCUUCUUACGGCGAAUCAAAGGAAACGCAGUGGCGCUUUACAAAGACAACAAUUGCUGGAGAUUAUUCAGGCUAACAUGGAAAAGAAUAAUCUCAGUUUUCAUACAUCAAGGAAACGGCCUCAAAACGAACAAUCGCGCAUUCCAACUCAUAAUCUAGAAACCUCGAAUCACAAUAAUCAGGACUGUCACACGUCUUUGGAGCCUCGUCAAGCGACUGCAAACUAUCACAAGCCAAUUCGGGAAAAUACUCAUAAUUCCGUAUUGUUUCCCAAAACACCAAUCAAAUCACGGUCAGCAAAUCUUAGAAAAACGCGGCAUACAACACCGAGGAACAACGCAACACAUUCCUCUCCUCAGACCUAUACGACGUAUUCGCAAAUACUAAAUCGUAAUGUAAUCGCGCCAACGACGAUUUGCAAUGAUACGCCACAGCAUACUACCAACGGUGGCAAUAUUCACCGCAACAUUGUUAAUCUCGUACCCAACAAUAAUCAGCAAACAAAUAAUCAUCAGACGAUUACUAACAAUCACAACAACUUGCAGCGUAACGACGCACAAGUUCAUACACAACAGUGUGGCAGAGCGAGCAAGAAACAUCAGUUAAAACACGCUACGCGAGAGCAAGACCAGGCACGAGCGAUGGCGCAGGUCGUACGUUGGCUCGAACGCGAAUUUUCACAGAAUGCGGUAGCGGCCACGUCCAGUCGAAGACACGUACACGAGCAUAUACAUCAUCACUAUCAUCACUAUCAUGCCGAAGCUCUAGUUUAAUCAGCUAAAUUUUUUUGAACUUGGAAAUUGUCGCGAUACGAUCAAAUUUAAAUUUUAGAAAAAAAUUAUUGAGACGUAAUUUGAUGUCUAUUUCAUUAUUAUUUAGGCUAACGUAGUAUUUCACGUUGCAAAUCUUUUUUAAAUUAUAUUGUAAGUCUCGUAACUCGAUAUAACAGUUUUAUUUCCGAAUUCUCUCGUACAUACAUGUCGUAUUGAUUAUUUUAGGAAAUCGUAUACUAUGAAUUGUUCAUUGAAUCUCCAAUUUGUCUUCGUGAACAGGCCAAACUAAUUCACACAUAGAAGAGAGAAGGAGGUUAUGAACCACCAUUUUGUUUUUUAUUUAAAUAACUUGGUAACUAUUUAUGUGUCAUAAUUCUUGUCGAUACAAAUUUGUUACUCAGAGUUUUCUAAUCAUGUUAUAAGUAGAAGUUCUUUGAAUACAUAACGAACAUAAUUAAUAAUUUACUGAAGAGGGAAAUAUUGCGGUUAUAAAAUCUGUAACGGGAUAUGGAACACUAUCGACAGAUAUUCUUAAAAUUUUUAUUUCUAAAAAAAUAAAAAAUUAAUACUCUUGGCGGAUUUUGCACAUAAAUAUCACAAAAAGGAUCAGUGUUUUGUACAUACGUAGUAUCACACAAAAGAUCAAAGAUAUAUGUGAAAAAUUUUUGGUUCUUUCGAUUUUGCACAUUGUAGAAGUAUUAUAACAAACAAUAUUAGCUAAUAAGUAUCAAAAAAGUAUAACUAAAUUACGUGCGGAGGACUAAGGAACCGCAGCACAGACUUUUGCAUAAUGCAUAAUGCAUAAGAGAAUUAACCAGAGAGCUUUAUUUCUAUCCUGAGGAGGGAAAUAGAUUCUGAUUGAUUGAUUCUCUUAUGCGUUAGACAUUAUGCGUUAUGUAAAAGUCUGUGCUGCGGUUCUAAGACUCGUAAAUUCUCCAGUGGUCUAUAAUCCUGAAUGCAGACAACAUAACUUUACACGUCAAAUGCAUACGCACAUUAUGGCUACGUUUCAAAAUUUACUGCCAGUACUGAAAUCUAUAGUACACGUAACUCAAACUGUAGGGUGCGUUCAGUGACAACACCAAUAAAACAGUUACGUGACAUCCACGUAGAAUCCACAUGAUUUACGUGGAUGCAGGUUUUUCCAUAAGUUAUCAUGUAGAUGCAAUGUUCUUUUUUCAUCAUUGCAUCGAAUUUUUUUAUUUUCGAAAUAUCUAUUAGAUUUUCUGUGGAUAUAUCUGUUAAGAAAUAUUUAUAAGGAAUUUACAUGGAUAUUUCGAGAAACGCCGCGCGCUUGUUCGUUAGUUAAUGCACGGCGCCGUCGAUAGGCGGCGUAACUCUCGAGAGUGCACCCGACGCGCUAUAUGGUAUAAAGACGCCCGCAGCACAAUUAGCAAUAGAUAAGCAAUAAUUAGCUUCCUGCCCGAUGUGGAAGAGGACCGCCACAUAAUACUUUUAUAAUUUACUCAUUUUAAUUGAGUGAACGAGUCGCUACAAGAAUAGUAACCUUCACUCCAGUCAAAUGAAGAGAUCACUUAUCGAACGAAAAAUUCAUUCUUAUAAGAAGAGAUGAGAUGUCACUCCAUUUCGAAUCGCUAUAUUUCACUAUCGCUUAGAAUAAAAUUCCAUUCUUUUAGAGUGACGUUUCACUCCAAGAAAUUUAGAGAGUACGUGUAUAUUACGAGGAUGUUUCUAAAGUUUGUAAAAUUUUUACGUGGUUUCUACGUUAAAUCUUUGAUCGCAUAUAGAUUUUAGUACCAUUUUUGAGCGGAUGUCCACUCGAAUAUUUACGAUUUCACGAUGCCGAUCCACGUAGCAUUAAAGUGGAUAUCACGUACUGUUUUAUUGGGAAAAGCAGAUCAGUAAGCGCUGUAAUUCUUUAUUAUAAUUAAUUCCUACUUCUAGAUUCAACGAAUAAUUGAAAACAAAAUCAUGUUAAAGAAUUACUAAACGCUUACCGAUCUACUCUGCUGAACGCGCCUAUAAAUUUUUACUACUGGCAGAAUUUUGGAACGCAGCCUAUGUCAAAUAACCUGUGUUAUUUGAAAUAAGCCAUAUUCAAACCCUUCAAACUGCGCUAAAGUUAAAAAAUUAAUAUUCAUUUUUAUUUUACAAAAUGACAUAAAGAAUACACUUCUGUAACACUUUCGGCUAUCUAUAAUUCUAAAAUGCAACUUUUAUGACAACACAAACACUGAUAACCAAUCGUCAUGUUAUAACGUUUAACAAUGUAAAGAAGUAAUUUGAACAAUUAUCCCUAGAAUUCAACACAAAGUAUACGAAUUAUUGUGAAUUCCAUAAUUCCACAUUUAGUCCAUGACGCCUUCUCUCAUCUACUGCAUUGUUCGAAAAAUACUUUUAAUAUGAAUACAAAUGAUUAUACACUAUUGUGUAUUCUUUAUGUAAGACAUUGUUUUUUCUUGGGUAUCGACAAAUGUACAAAUGUUUGCGGUGCUCAUUUUAAUAAUAUAUUUUUACAUAUAAACUUAUAAAUAUAUUGAGAUUAGGCAAAAUGCAGUUUUUUUAUUAGGUGGUAAACUUAAUUCUUGCCGCUCGCUACUAGAGAGCGCUGGCUCCAAAACUGAUGAGUUUCAACGGUAAAGUCGCAUGUUUUUUGCAGUUUAUACAUUGCUGAAAGUGAUUCAGACCUCACAGUUUAUAUUUCUUAAAGCCAAAGAGAUUUUCCAAUUAAUUGAAAAUGAACCGCGAUAAGUUGUUUUUCCGACAUGUGCUUCUUUACUACUUCAACCUCAAGAAAACCGCAACUGAAACACAUUGCUUAUUCAUUGAAGUAUAUGAUGACGAAACUUUAUCAGAAAGAACAUGUAGAGUGUGAUUUGAAAAGAUAAUUUUGACGUGAGAGACAAAGAACGUCCCGGACAACUUCAAAGAAAUUUAAAGAUGUUAAGCUGCAAGAAUUGCUCGAUGAGAAUUCAGCUCAAACAUUUUUAGAGUUAUUCCAAUGGUCAUCUCAAAACACUUGCCUGUCAUGGAAAAAAUUCAUAAGAAAGAGAAACGAUUAUCACAUAAGUUGUCAGAAAAUGCUACUAUGAAUUGUCUAUCAAGCAAAGAAAAAAAGUUUUUGUGGCGUAUCGUAAUAUGUCGAUGAAAAGUGGCGAUUUAUUUUGAUAAUCACAAGCGGAGAAAAUCAUAGGUGGUCUCUGGCCAACUAUUCACUUCAACGCCGAAGAAUAUUCACGGACAUAAGACCUUACUCUGCAUUUGGUGGGACCAGGAAGGUGUGCUGUAUUACGAGCUCUUUUAUCCAAAUGAAACUGUUACAGCUGAUCGCUACCCAUAGCAAUUAUGCCGAUUGAAUGACGAGUUGAUGCAAAAAAAGACCAUCCAUAGCCGUACUCUCUAGACUUGGCAUUGUCAAAUUACUAUCUCUUCCGGUCGAUGCAACACGCACUUACGGACAUACACGUCUCCAGUUACGAAGAAGUCCAAAAAUGGAUGGAUGAAUGGAUAAGAAUCUCGAAAGACAAUGCGUUCUACCGUCGUGAGAUUGUUUUAUUGCCGGUGAAAUAAGAAAAAGUGAUAGAAAAUGGAGGAAAUUACUUUGAUUAAGGUAUUCAUUUAUCUUCCCUUUGAAAUAAAUCAUUUUUGGAGACGAAAAAACAGUAGGAAUUAAGUUUUCCAUUUAAUACAUUGAAAGUAAAAAAAUAAUACUGCCAUUUGCUUAAAGAAAUUUUUGCAGAAAACAUACGCGUUCGAUAAAUUAUAUGUAUUUACGCAGGUUUUUUUUUUUGAGCAAAGAGAUAUAGUUAUAGAUUUUAAACUUAUGAUGUGUGUGUGUGUGUGUGUGUGUGUGUUUUAUAUUCAGUGUUGUGUUUAGAUAAUUCAAAAUUAUCUAAACACAGGUAAAAUAUCUAAACAAAUUGUAGAUAAAAUGAAGAUGAUUUAAUUUUAAAUUUAUCUAAAUAAAAUGAUAAAUCGUUUCUAGUUUUUUGUUGGGAACAUUAUUUUAUGAAAGUAACUAAUCGUUGUUAAAAAAGAUUGGUUGCGUUAUGAUUGGUUACUUUUUUCGUUUUACUUUUUUACGAAUUAAAUUUUAAUAACUUUUUUAGAGUAGCCAUUUAAUUGUCUAUGUUAUUAUUUGACGAUAAAAGUAACGAAUAAAAUUCGUCAUUAUAACGAUCAGAAAAAAUAAUUUUGAUUAAUUACAAAAAAAAUAACGAUAAUGACAUUACAAAGUAAUAGCAUUACUUCCAAACCCUGGGUACACAUAUUCACUGAUAAAAAUAUUAUUUUGAAAAAAAAAAUUUGUUUGAAUUGUUGAUAAAAAGUAAAGUUUAGUUUUUUAUAUUUAAAUUCUAAUAACAUUAAAGCUUAUAUUAGAUUAUGUAUUGAAGAAUAAGGAUUACUAAUAGAAUGAGGAUUGCUAAUAGAAGAUUAGAAUUUGAUCAAUUACUUAGAUAAUUUUAACUUGUUUCGUUUUAAUCGAUUGAAUCCUAUUUUUCAAUUUGCAAUCAAUUCUUAAUCUUCAACGAAUAAUCUAAUAUGGGCCUAACUCAGAUUAUAAUGCAAAUUAAAUUCGUUACAUUAACAGUAGAUAAUUUGAAAAAGAUAACAUAUCUAGGACAAGAUAUACAUGAAGUAUAUUAUUAAGAUAUACAUUAAAUAUCUUCUAAUAAUUUGGAUAAAGAUAAGAUAAAGCCAUUUCUUAAUCUAAAUAAAUUUAUGAUAAUAAUAAACACUGGGUAUAUUACACUACAUGCAAUGACGAAACGUUAUUCGAUUAAGAUCGCAGUUUAAUAAUAAAAUAUGUAUACAAUAUUCGUGAUCAUAUAUUCCGGAAUUGAGAAUACGAAUUAUUGCGUGCUAUAAUACAAAAUUACUUUUUUGGACGAAAGAAAGAAGAAUGCAGUCGCUCUUUUUCACUCAAGUGCGAUAAAACUAUGACCCAUUAUUGUACAUAGAAAAUAUCCCAAAGAGAAUUUUUUCAGUAUACAAGCAUUACCAUUAAGGAAAACAAUCUAAAGUCAUAAUACGAGUGAGGCGUUCGAAAUGUAAAGACUACUAUGAAUGUUCCUGUACAACCGAAGAGUUGUUAUAAUUCCUCUUUAUCGAACGUAUAAUUCCUAGAAAAUCUUGAACGUAACUUUGAUGGUACUUGUAUACUCCGUCGACUAAACGCAAUUUUGAUAAAUAAAUGCUUGAAUUUCUUGUACAGGGCGCUACACUUCUAUCGAAUCAUAUUUUAAUUAAUAAUGGAUUUUUCUCAGUCGAAUAGAUUUUUUUUCGGUGGGAUAGACGAUUUGAUAGACAUUGAUAGAAAAUUAAAAAAUUUUUUAAAAAUUUGUUUAUGUUAUUAAGUUUUAGGAGAAGUCAAGUUUUAGAAGAGAUAGAUAACGAAACAAUAUUCUGCAAUUAUUUUCGUAUUCACAAAUAAGUUCUCAGUAAAAUAUUUUAAUUUCGAAGUUUAUUUGGAAAAUACAUAACAGAUACAUGAUAUAAAUAAAGAUACAUUAAAAAUUGAAAGAUUAUACGAUUAGGAACAAUAAAGAACAACAUUUUUGUAAUAAAAUCUGCCAUUGAAGAACGAUGCCUUAGCGGUGCUACACCCUGUAUAUCUUACUAGUCUUACAUUACGACGAAUAAAACUCUUUCAUUAUCCGUCUACAAUGGAUACUUGAGAAAAGGGUGACAAUUGAGUUCUUACUAGUGCCUUGUAAUCUAGAACUCGUUUUGCAAAUAUUGAUCUUUUUUUUGUAAAAAUCUUUAUUUUCUUCUUUCUACUCGUCGUACGAGUACUAUUCCAUACUUGGAUGACUUGUAUUUCCCGGACUCGUCCUUUUGUUUAUAACUCACUGCAAGAAUUUUGAUCAAUAUAUUAUUUAUUACUAAUGCGCGAAGAGAUAUGCGCGUUAAUGUGCAACUAUGAAAAUCGACAAUAUUUCUCAACCGGGUGUCAUGAAGAGUAUUAGAUUACCUUUAGUGAUAACAAUAAAUAUUAGGAUUAAGACUAAUGUUAAGAUCAGAUAUAUAACAGAUAUAAGGGUCCUAGAUAAUAACGUUGCGCGGGUGACAUGUAAUUUUAUAUAUCGACAUUUGUAAUCCUUGUAGAUAUUUUCUGUAACUUUUUUUCUAUUGAUAUUUAUUAAAACUCGUUUUUAUACUA